AUGAUAGUGCUAUGUUUAGUGAUGGCCGUCGGGGCGACUGCUCUCGACUUAACCGAGGAGCAAUACUAUAAAUUGCCGCAGCUAUUCGAAUUGGACAACUACGAUCAAUGCUUGUCUCAACAUGGGACCUUCUGCCUCGGUUCCUUCCACCUACAUUCCUCUCGAACCAAUCAGCUGCUUCGCUUGCUUCAGGAAACAUCAGCUGAGACACAUCGAUUCAACCACAAGGUUAUCCACCGAGGUUAUUGUCUUAAAAGCACGUGUGCCCAUAUUCUGGGCGUGUCCCAUCCACAAAUCUUCAAGGACUGUGUUCACAAUAUAACUAAACUCAAAUAUGAUCUUGGGGCUGAUCUUAUCCAUCUGGAGUACUGUAAAUCCGAGGAGACAUCGAAACCUAUAGAUAAUCUGGAUAUUAUAAUUGCUUCUGUUCUUACGCUAAUACUAUUAGCAAAUAUCAUUGGCACAGCCUAUGACUUCUUUCGAGACUCGAAUAGCAAACCCAACCGUUAUCUGAUGACAUUCUCAUUUUUUGCAAAUUGGAACAGGCUGACAGCCACUUACGAGAAGGAAGACCAGAGACGCUCUGCACUUAGCCCAAUACAUGGAAUGAAGGUGUUGACUCUAAUGGCAGUUGUGUUAGCGCAUUCUAUAAUGGCCUAUCAUAUGACAUAUCUUUAUAACCCAUCGUUUUUUGAAAAGGCCAAUCUCCAUCCACUAUCGGCGAUAUUCAACAACGGCACGGCGACUGUACAAACAUUCAUUCUCUUCUCAACAUUCCUACUGGCUCACAACUUGUUGCUCUUACUAGAACGUGAGAAAGAAAAGAAAUUGAAUUUUAGUUUCUGGUGCAAGAUAAUUCUUCAUCGGCUAAUCAGAAUCAGUCCAACCUAUCUAGUCGUGUUGGGUAUAACAGCUACAUGGCGUUUUCAUUUCGGCAACGGUCCAUUGUGGUGGUUAGCAGAAAACGAGGCAGAGAAGUGUCGACGCUCUGGCUGGACUAAUGCACUGUACAUCAACAACUUUUUGCGGUUUGAUGACUCUUGCCUCAUACAGAGCUGGUUCUUGGCAGUAGAUAUGCAGCUGUAUGUAAUAUCAUCGCUGUUGCUACUAUUUCUCGCCCGGAGGCCGCGAACAGCCAUCAGUGUUUUAGGAGGACUGUUCGUUAUAUCUGUUAUUGGCAACUUUUUAGCGUCUUACUACUUAGAUCUCAAGACACUCGUUUACAUAGCUCAUCCUGAAUACAUCCGUAUUCAAUACAGCGGAGUCAUUUCUUUCUGGCGUCAAUAUGCUGCACCGAGCUCGUCAGCACCAGCAGCACUGCUGGGUCUACUGCUGGCUUUCCUCUAUCACCUUCUGAAGGAAAAUAAUUUCGACGCCAGUACUAACACGCCUCUUCUCAUUCUAUACCGUCUGUCGGUUCCAUCCAUGCUGGCAUGGAUCCUAAGCGGCCACCUUCUCAAGGAUGCCACAUCACCAGUAAUUGUUUCACUCUACACAGCCCUUGAUCGACCAGUGUUCACAAUACUAGUUACUGUGGCUAGCAUUGGUUUCUUCUUCAAAAUAGAUAAAAUAUGGUGGCAGUUUCUGUCAUGGCGUGGUUGGCAUCCUCUGUCCCGCAUGUCACUAUGUGUACUUCUGACACACUGGGACCUAAGUCUGGCGCUAAUCGCACUACGCACCACCCUAUCACAGGCUUCUGUACUAGAGAUUCGUCCUUCGACCGAACGUUGCAGUAGCGAGGUCCUCUGUCCAGUGUUGGACGACCGCGUCCCUCGCCUCCUCACAAACGGCCUGCCGUUCUGCCCCGUCGGGGCGUUGGCCUAG